AUGCCAGGUUACCAACCCGAGCAAGGAAAAUUGGAGGCUAAGGCCCCUUUUAGCAUAAGCGAUUUGGAAUACCUCCGUCGAUAUUUUGCUGUGACUCUGGCCGACACCAUCUUCGGUCUGACGACCCAGGAAAGGGCCCGGGCAAGCCCUCGAGGAGGAAGUCGAGACCUCGGACCCCCUAAGACCAAAGCGACCACAGAUGAUACCCCUGGGACUGCAAGGCCUAUGGCCGAAGGCCCCGGCGACCUUUUCUUUGGUCACGAGGCCGAGGAUGACUCCGCGUUGGGAAUCUCCGAUGAGGACUGUGAGGGGAUCCUCGGGAUGAUUGAGGAAAAAACCCUCACCAGUGGGGGCUGCGAGGUCAACAAAGAGGCUGGUAUGGGAAACAAGCGGAAGCUAAAUGAGGUCAGCAUGAACAUUGUUUUGGUGCUACUGUCCGAGUUUUCAGCCCCAAGAGGCCAUACCAACGGCCUAGAUAAUGACGUGGCCGAGCAACAGCUUGAUCAAAGGUCAAAGACAAAGGAAGAAUUGUUGGCCGUGGCUUUUAACGAGGUAAUACCCAGAGACGAGCCAAACAAAUACCGACACCUCAAGCCGUUAUACAUCUCGGCUCAUGUAGAGGGUGUGCCCGUGUCCAAGGUCUUCGUUGACUAUGGGGCGACAGUCAACAUCCUUCCCUAUUCCCUGAUGAAGAAGCUGGAUAAGUCAAAGGAGGACCUCAUCCCCAGCGAUGUGGUCAUGAGCAGCUUUGUCGGCGAUGAAUCUAAGACUAUCGGGGUGUUCCGUUAA